AGGGGGAGGGGAUAGGACGGAGAGACCGAAGGGAAGGCUCAGUUUCAUUUCCACGGACCCUCCUGCCUGGGCCGCAGCCGCCGCCGCGAUGCCCAGUAAGUUCAGCUGCCGGCAGCUCCGGGAGACGGGCCAGUGCUUCGAGAGUUUCCUAGUCGAUCGGGGACUGGACAUGGAGACAGAUCGCGAGCGGCUGCGGACCGUUUAUAACUGGGAUUUCAAGAUCAGCUUUGGGACCCCUGCCCCUGGCUUCUCCUCCAUGCUGUAUGGAAUGAAGAUUGCAAAUCUGGCCUACGUCACCAAGACUCGGGUCAGGUUCUUCAGACUCGACCGCUGGGCCAACGUGUGGUUCCCAGAAAAGAGGAGAGUGAAGCUGGGGUCAGACAUCAGCAAACACCACAAGUCACUGCUAGCCAAGAUUUUCUAUGACAGGGCUGAGUAUCUUCACGGGAAACAUGGGGUGGACGUGGAAGUCCAGGGGCCCCAUGAAGCCCGAGAUGGGCAGCUCCUUAUCCGCCUGGAUUUGAACCGCAAGGAGGUGCUGACCCUGAGGCUUCGGAACGGAGGAACUCAGCCUGUCACCCUCACUCACCUCUUCCCACUCUGCCGGACCCCCCAGUUUGCCUUCUACAAUGGAGAACAAGAGCUGCCCUGCCCACUGGGCCCUGGCGAGUGCUACGAGCUCCAUGUCCAUUGCAAGACCAGUUUUGUGGGCUACUUCCCGGCCACAGUGCUCUGGGAGCUGCUGGGCCCUGGGGAGCCGGGUUCAGAAGGAGCUGGUACCUUCUACAUCGCCCGAUUCUUGGCCGCUGUUGCCCACAGUCCCCUGGCUGCGCAGUUGAAGCCCACGACUCCCUUCAAGCGGACCCGGAUCACUGGAAACCCUGUAGUGACCAGCCGGAUAGAGGAAGGAGAGAGACCUGAUCGCGCUAAGGGCUAUGACCUGGAGCUGAGUAUGGCGCUGGGCACGUACUACCCACCCCCUCGCCUCCGGCAGCUACUCCCCAUCCUUCUUCAGGGGACAAGUAUCUUCACUGCCCCAAAGGAGAUCGCUGAGAUAAAGGCCCAGCUGGAGACAGGCCUGCAGUGGAGGAACUACGAGGUGAAGCUCCGGCUCCUGCUGCACCUAGAGGAGCUACAGAUGGAACAUGACAUCCGGCACUACGACCUGGAGUCGGUGCCCAUGACGUGGGACCCCGCGGACCAAAACCCGAGGCUGCUUACCCUGGAGGUUCCCGGGGUGACCGAGAGCCGCCCCUCAGUGCUGCGGGGUGACCACCUGUUUGCACUUCUGUCUUCUGAGACCCAUCAGGAAAACCCUGUCACCUAUAAGGGCUUUGUCCAUAAGGUGGAAUUGGACCGUGUCAAGCUGAGCUUUUCCACGAGCCUCCUCAGCCGCUUUGUGGAUGGGCUGACCUUCAAGGUGAACUUCACCUUCAACCGCCAGCCCCUGCGCGUGCAGCACCGCGCCCUGGAACUCACAGGGCGCUGGCCACUGUGGCCCAUGCUCUUUCCCACGGCCUCCCGUGGGGUCCCGCUGCUGCCCUCAGAUGUGAAGCUCAAGCUGUACGACCGCAGUCUGGAGUCGAACCCUGAGCAGCUGCAGGCCAUGAAGUACAUUGUCAUGGGCACUACCCGCCCAGCCCCCUACAUCAUCUUUGGGCCUCCAGGCACUGGCAAGACUGUCACCCUAGUGGAAGCCAUCAAGCAGGUGGUGAAACACUUACCCAAAGCCCACAUCCUGGCCUGCGCUCCGUCCAACUCAGGGGCUGACCUCCUCUGUCAGCGGCUCCGGGUCCACCUGCCCAGCUCCAUCUACCGCCUCUUGGCCCCCAGCAGGGACAUCCGCAUGGUACCCGAGGACAUCAAGCCCUGCUGUAACUGGGAUCCAAAGAAGGGGGAUUAUGUGUUUCCCGCCAAGAAGAAGCUACAGGAAUAUCGAGUCUUGAUUACCACGCUCAUCACGGCCAGCAGGCUGGUCUCAGCUCAGUUUCCCAUUGAUCACUUCACACACAUCUUCAUCGACGAAGCCGGCCACUCCAUGGAGCCUGAGAGUCUGGUGGCCAUAGCAGGGCUGAUGGAAGUCAAGGAAACAGAAAAUCCGGGAGGGCAGCUGGUGCUGGCAGGAGACCCUAGGCAGCUGGGGCCUGUGCUGCGCUCCCCGCUGACCCAGAAGCAUGGGCUGGGCUACUCCCUGCUGGAGCGGCUGCUGACCUACAACACCCUGUACAAGAAGGGCUCCAGUGGCUAUGACCCUCAGUUCAUAACCAAGCUGCUGCGCAACUACAGGUCCCACCCCACCAUACUGGACAUUCCUAACCGACUCUAUUAUGAAGAAGAGCUGCAGGCCUGUGCUGACGUUGUGGACCGAGAGCGCUUCUGCCGCUGGGAGGGUUUGCCUCGACAGGGCUUUCCCAUCAUCUUUCACGGCGUAAUGGGCAAGGACGAGCGUGAGGGCAACAGUCCAUCCUUCUUCAACCCAGAAGAGGCUGCCACAGUGACCUCCUACCUGAAGCUGCUCCUGGCCCCCUCCUCCAAGAAGGGCAAAGCCCGCCUGAGCCCUCGAAGCGUGGGCGUCAUCUCUCCUUAUCGGAAGCAGGUGGAAAAAAUCCGUCAUUGCAUCACCAGACUUGACAAGGAGCUUCGGGGACUGGAUGACAUCAAAGACUUGAAGGUGGGCUCCGUGGAAGAGUUCCAAGGCCAAGAACGCAGCGUCAUCCUCAUCUCCACCGUGCGGAGCAGCCAGAGCUUCGUGCAGCUGGAUCUGGACUUCAACCUCGGUUUCCUUAAGAACCCCAAGAGGUUCAACGUGGCUGUAACCCGGGCCAAGGCUUUGCUCAUCGUGGUGGGCAACCCGCUCCUCCUGGGCCAUGACCCUGACUGGAAAGUAUUCCUGGAGUUCUGUAAAGAAAACGGGGGGUACACUGGGUGCCCCUUCCCUGCCAAACUGGACCUGCAACAGGGACAGAACUUCCUCCAGGGCCUGAGCAAGCUCAGGCCCUCUACCUCAGGGCCCCAAUGUCACGACUACCUCCCCCAGGAGCAGGAGGGAGAAGAUGGCCUGUCCCUGCAAGUAGAGCCAGAGUGGAGGAAUGAGCUCUGAAGACACAGGAGACAGCCUUCUCACACCAGCCAAGCCUUAACCGCCCACCCGACCCUGAACCAGAACCCAGCCUGAACCAGAGCCCAGCCAAGCUGCCCCUCUGCAGGACAGGAAGACUGGGGGAGGGAGUUUACAAUCCACGCCAUUCCACCCCCUCCCCUGCUGGGGAGAAUGACACAUCAAGCUGCUAACAACUGGGGGAAGGGGGAGGAAGAAAAACUGAAAACAAAAAUCUUGUUCUAUGCAAAA